UUCUAACAAAAUUAAAAUUUCAAAAUGGCAUAUUGUCAUUAUUGAAGUCUAUUCUUCCGCAAUAUUUUCCAUUUAUUCCUUGGUCAUUAUUUUCCAUUAUAUUUUGUUGCUAUUAUUUCAUCAGAAACUACAUAAGUCCAUUGAUGGCAAACAGAAGACUCCCUCGAGUAAGCACAACGGAUGGAAGGCAAAUUAAAAAAAAUUUGGAUGAUGAGGAUAUCAUCGAGGCAAAACUCUUCAACGGUUUAAACUAUAACUCAAUGGGAAUCAAACAUCGCCUUAAGAUCAGAUGCGAUAGUAUUGAGCUCCCAAAAAUGAAUGACCGACAUUACAACAUGGAGAAAAUAACGAAGGAUACCAAAGAAAAAUAUUUCAAAUAUUCAAUGGCUCUUAAAAGGACACGUGAAAAAUUUCUCGAAGACGUAUCGAAUCUGGAUGAACUAUGGAAACAAUUGGAGAGUAAAGAGAAUGAUCUAAAAUCGAGCAUGGUUUUUUUCAAUAAGUUUUUAAAGCAGAAUAUGACGAAAAGAGAAAGAUUCCUAGAGAAUAUCAGUAUCAAUCAGAGUACAAAGAAGAAAUACGAUGGAGAUGUAGAAGAACUAAAAAAAAACGUUUUGGAAAUGGGAAGAAUUAGACAGAUGUACAGAGAACAACUUUUAAAGCACUCAAUAUACUACGAUUUCUUGAAAAAAGUGGCGACGAGCGGUAAUGAAUUCGACUCAGUUCAUUCGCUGAUUGCAAGAAUCGAACUGUUAUAUUCCACAGUAGAAAAUACGGCAGUAAAAUAUGAUACUGACAAGAAACAAUUGGAAUUCUUGAUACACGAAGUGGAAAGAAAUAACACGGGAAAAAUUUACGAAAUUGGACACCUACUUAACGAAGUAGGCAUUUUGAAUAAAACAUACGUAUCAGUUGUUGAAAGAAGCAAGAAAAGCGAAAAACAGCUGAAUGAAGUUAGAACAGAAACAAACAAGUUCUUCAGCAAUUGGAUUCUGGCCUGCGAAUUCAUUCAUCAGUUAUACUUGUCGAUGUGUGUAAGACAAAGAAAAGAAGCUGUGUUUCCAAAGGGGGAUUUUCAUAAUCAACUUGUACAUAUCUGUAAAAGUAUGGAGAUGUUGAACGAUAUUAUCCACACUUGUGGUUAUAGGAAAAAGAUGGAAAAAAAUAGUCGAGAAGCGAAUUGAAAUGAGAGACAAGGGGUACCUAAUCAUUUAAGGAGAAAUAUUUCGCUUUGGAGCUUUGAAAUCAUCAGAUUGUGGUUUCUGGUAACUUAAGGAUAUGUUUUUCAAUAUUUUGUUAUAUUAUUUUAAUAUAAGUUUAACCUGAA